UUCUAGACAAAAGAAAAUGAAGAAGGCUAGAAGUAUCAGAUUUAAUAAUAUGGUAGAUGUGUAUAAAGAAUUUCCAAUGCCAUUGGUUGAUAAAGAAGACAGUGAUGUGAUUGAACCAGUAACGGAUACAGAAGACAACAAUGUGACUGAACCAGCAAUGGAUGAAGAAGAGGAAGACAGCAAUGUGACUGAACCAGAAAUGGAUGAAGAAGAGGAAGACAGCAAUGUGAGUGAACCAGAAAUGGAUGAAGAAGAGAGCGUUGUGAGUGAAUCAGCAAUGGAUGAAGAAGAGAGCGAUGUGACUGAACCAGAAACAGAAAUAGAGAGCAAUGUGACUGAACCAGCAAUGGAGACAGAGAGCAAUGUAACUGAACCAGCAAUUUAUACAGACAUCAAUGUGACUGAAUCAACAAUUUACACAGACUUUAGUGUGACUGAAUCAGCAAUUUAUACAGACUUCAAUGUGACUGAAUCAGCAAUUUAUACAGACUUCAAUGUGACUGAAUCAGCAAUUUAUACAGACAGCAGUAUGACUGAAUCAGCAAUAUAUACAGCAGAUAGCUAUGUGAGUGAACCAGCAAUGGAUACAUAUAGCUAUGUGACUAAACCAGCAGCAACAGUUAGAGAGAGAAAUGAAUCAACAAUAGUAGUUAUAGACAGCAGAGCGACUGACCCAGUAAAAAAAACAGAAGAUGACAAUCUGAAUGACAUGGCGCUAGAUAUAACUGAGACUGUCAUCGCUGAAGCUAUUAAUACUGUGGAAGAAGAUGAUGAAUACACCAUCAAAAACAUCAAGUGGCUCACACAUGGUGAAUUCACACCAGAAAAGUGCCGUAAACAAAUCCAAGACUUCGUUAUGAGUUGGGAGUAUGAAGACCGUUGGGUUCACUACACGAAGUUGGUAGAGAGGAGAGACCUGAUUCACAGCUUCCACUACAUCUACUCUGUACGCUGGAGUGUCCCAACUUCUCAGACACCCACAGCAUACAGCUCUGCCUUUGCCUUCUUCACCGUCAAGUUCAACAAAAACAAACCUCCGUUUUCCUCAUCUCAGUUGAUGCCAAAAUCCUUGGCAUCAUCCUUAACUAUCUCAGACACCUUAUCCAAUCCAUUAGGAAAUUGUUGGCCCUACCUUCAAAAACAGGUAUUUUUUUGUUGUUCUUUAAACUUCCCCAACAUUUAAUUAUAACAACAGCUACAAAGUCGACCAGGCUGCCAACAAUGUACUGUCUCUUUUAAGGGGAUUCCUGGGGCCAGUUCAGUUUAUACAAAGAAAUUCCUGAAUCUAGGGAGCAACAGUGAUUGGGAAACAGCGUGCAUAGGAAGGGAAGCACUUGCACCUGGAGGGACAGGUCAUGGGCUCCUGGGUGGAGCUGUCCCAGUGGUCACUGCACUGACUCAGUACCAAUGUCUAGUGCACAUGGGCCCUGCUGGGCCUGCAUCCCGCUCAGCUAACCCCCGGUCGCCGGAGGGCCCGCCGGCGGGG